AAUAAUAAUAAUAAUAAUAAUAAUAAUAAUAAUAAUAAUAAUAAUAAUAAUAAUAAUAAUAAUAAUAAUAAUAAUAAUAAUAAUAAUAAUAAUAAUAAUAAUAAUAAUAAUAAUAAUAAUAAUAAUAAUAAUAAUAAUAAUAAUAAUAAUAAUAAUAAUAAUAAUAAUAAUAAUAAUAAUAAUAAUAAUAAUAAUAAUAAUAAUAAUAAUAAUAAUAAUAAUAAUAAUAAUAAUAAUAAUAAUAAUAAUAAUAAUAAUAAUAAUAAUAAUAAUAAUAAUAAUAAUAAUAAUAAUAAUAAUAAUAAUAAUAAUAAUAAUAAUAAUAAUAAUAAUAAUAAUAAUAAUAAUAAUAAUAAUAAUAAUAAUAAUAAUAAUAAUAAUAAUAAUAAUAAUAAUAAUAAUAAUAAUAAUAAUAAUAAUAAUAAUAAUAAUAGUAAUAAUAAUAAUAAUAAUAAUAAUAAUAAUAAUAAUAGUUAUAAUAAUAAUAAUAAUAAUAAUAAUAAUAAUAAUAAUAAUAAUAAUAAUAAUAAUAAUAAUAAUAAUAAUAAUAAUAAUAAUAAUAAUAAUAAUAAUAAUAAUAAUAAUAAUAAUAAUAAUAAUAAUAAUAAUAAUAAUAAUAAUAAUAAUAAUAAUAAUAAUAAUAAUAAUAAUAAUAAUAAUAAUAAUAAUAAUAAUAAUAAUAAUAAUAAUAAUAAUAAUAAUAAUAAUAAUAAUAAUAAUAAUAAUAAUAAUAAUAAUAAUAAUAAUAAUAAUAAUAAUAAUAAUAAUAAUAAUAAUAAUAAUAAUAAUAAUAAUAACAAUAAUAAUAAUAAUAAUAAUAAUAAUAAUAAUAAUAAUAAUAAUAAUAAUAAUAAUAAUAAUAAUAAUAAUAAUAAUAAUAAUAAUAAUAAUAAUAAUAAUAAUAAUAAUAAUAAUAAUAAU